GUUGAGAGUUUGAUUUUGUGAAUGGGAGUUGAAGCAAAUCUAUGGUGGUGCAUUGACAGGGAAGCUAGUAUUAUUGACUUAAAUUCAUGCUAUCAUUUUAUUCCUUUAGGUCUUUUUUCCCCCUUUCGGUUCCUCUUUUCCAACAAUAUAUAUAUAUAUAUAUUUUUUUUGUGAACUUCAACACAUAACAGUAGAUAAAUAAACUGUGCAGGACUGGUAUUCCCACACUAGAUAAAUAAAAUAAAACAACAUAAAUGGUAACUAUUACCGUUAGUAUUGUUAGCACAACUAAUUGUUUGCUCAUUGGCCUUUUCUGCUGGGUAUAAUGUCUUCUCAGAUGUCAUCUUUGCUGUUUCUUGUGGUUGGGGUAUCAACGGCCCUUACCCCAUGGUUAGCUGCUGGAGGCCAGUUACUAGCCUCUCGUUUUGAUGAUGUGUGGAGUUUGUUACCUGUAGAGAGUGAGAUCAUUGCACAGCUUCUUUCAGAACGACUUGUUCCGUUUGUUGCUCUUGAUGUGAGAAGUGACCGAGUAGCUGUUGGCCGUGCACUUGAUCUUCUGUGUAUUUUGGAGAUGCUGGUAGUCAAGAGUUGGUGCUGAAAGAGCAUGUGCAGCAGCAAUAACCUUAGAUACCCCCGGUGCAACCUAUAGAACAGUUUGGGAAUUGAGCAAGUAUCUCCCUAAUGUCAAGACAUUUGUCCAUGCUCAUGACGUUGAUCAUGGCCUCCAUUUGGAAAAAGCAGGAGCAACAGCGGUACAUUUCUGUUACUGUUUCCAUUAGUUAUUUCACUCUGCCUAAUUGGCCAUAUAGGUUAAUCUAACAAUUGUAUUUUAUGUUUUAGGAGCUCAUUAUUCUUGUUUGACUUGUGUAUAAUCUUUAAUCAGUACUAAUAUAUCUUGCAUUAUCAAUGUAAAGAUCAAAUUUUUGUUCAAAUUUAAAAGCUUUUAUAUCAUAUCUUGAGUUUUAGUUGAAACUUUCAUAUCUAGCUGCUGCUGUUCUUGCACAGGUAAAAAACAAUAUCAAUGACACUGAAUUGUAUAAGAUUUUUCACUGCAUGAGCUAUAUAUUGUUCGUAUUUGGUACAUACAUACUUGUAUUAAUGAAAACUAUUAUCUUUUAUCUGCUGAGCAUCAGUAAUUGGUUGCAUGUAGUGUGUGGAGUCCGAUUGUAACAAAUCAUUUAUAAGGAAGCUGAAUAUUAUAUCCAUUGAAUUUGUCACUCACCAUGCUAUGCUAGAAUGCAAUGCAAUUGAUCAAAAUUUGGAUUAACAUUCCAUAAAAUCACUGUAAGAUUAAUCUAUUUUUGCUACAACCUUAAUGAUUGCAUUGCAUCUUAUUGGAUAUUUUAAUUUGAAUUAGUGACUUGCUAUGUGCUUACCUUUGAGUUUCAAUUCAAUUAUUAGUGUACACCAUCUUCAUUGUUGAGCACCUGUUUUAUGUCCAUGCUGGUUCUCUGAAUGUAAAGCAGAAGCGGCUGUUUCUUCUUUGAAGUGUUUUGUGCUUUAUAUGAAAUAAUUUCACUUUCAUGUGACACACACACACACACAAACGCAUUUGACUCGGUUAACACAUUGAAAACUGAAGGCAUUUGGAUCUGAUCUUGUGGAUCCGCCAACUGCAAUGCAGCAACACAUACUCUAUUUACUGC